AUGAUUACUCCGGUACAUAGAUUUCAAGGUAUUGAUAACACAACGAUAACAAAUCAUCAAUCAAGGCGUCCUUAUGUACAGCCAAUGACAUUACAAAGGGUUGCAAGCAAUCAAAAUAAUCAAUGUCAAUCACAAUCUUUAGGGGAUUCUGUAAACGAACCUGCAACAUCCAGACAACCACCUACACCUGAAUUAGAGGCUCCAAUUUAUUUAAAUGCACCUUUAGAUAAUGCUCUUAAUUCGGUACCACAUGCACAACUUAUGCGAUUAGGAGGUUUAACUAAAUAUGGAAUGUGGGCUUCAUUUGGUCUAACAACGGUUUCCGGAACUUUUGAAAUUCUUUUACUUUGCACUUUGGGUGUUUUAAGCGUGGGCCUUUUAGUGUCAUGUUUAUUGACGGUUUUAAUCGAAAUCCCGGAAGUGAUGCCUCAAAGAGAAAUGAUUAUAACUCCAGUGACGGCCAAUUUAUCGCAACAAUCAACGAUUGAAUCGAGAUCGAAUCAUGAUUUGGAACAACCUCCUCCACCUUAUGAAAUUGCUAUUUUGCUGCCGAAUAAAAAACACAAUUUUGUUGAUUACCCACCUCCUACGUAUGAAAACGCUAUCAGGUAG